ACGGUGUCCGCGAGCGCGGCGCUGCCGGCGCCCAAGCCGUUUGCCGGCGACGGGGGUGGCAGCAUCGCCAGCAGCUGGGGCAGCAGCAGCGAUGGCGCAGGCAGGAGCCAGACACCUUUAAACGUGCCCUCUGCACCCUUGAGCCCUGCGGCAAGCUCGGUGAGUGACGGCGCCGGCGAUCGCACCUUUUGUGGCUGCGAGGACGGCGCCGCAGAGGGGCAGCAGAGGCAGCAGCAGCAGCAGCAGCAGCAGCAGCAGCAGCAGCAGCAGCAGCAGCGGCAGCAGCAACAGCAGCAGGGGUACCUAAGCAACUGGCAGGUGAAGGGGCAGCACGCCGCAGGGCUGGGGCGCCGGCAAAGCCCUGGCCUGGACGCCAGCACAGCUGGCUACGACGACAGCAGCUCUGUGCCAGAUGCAUUGAGCCGUGUCAGUAUCGCAGACACUGUCAUAGCAGCGGCCCCCUGCGGUCAACCACGGGCAUUGGCGACUGCGCCCAUGACCCCGCCGUGCGGCCCUCCGCCCGGCCGGCCGGGCGCCGCGGCGGUUGUGCGGCGCGCCGCGGCAUCGGCGCCGGGGGGCUUUGAGGGCGGAGACGGCUGCGCCGCCGCAGAAGUGGGGGAGGCGCUUGCGCGCGAGCUGCGGCAGCUGCUGCAGGCGGGCAGCGUCGACGCUGGGGCGCGCGUGCGGGGCCAGGGGCCGCAGAGGUGCUCAUUAAGCAGCCUUCUGGUCCCGGUGGUCGCGUCUUGA